CAUAUAAAACAUGAAUAUGUGUUUAUAGUGGAAAAUAUCACGAACCACACGGGCAUUUCUAUAUUUGUUAAAUUUGUUUCCCGCUUGGAUGAUUAAAAACUACAUAGCUAGGUUGGGUGUCCCUUUCUACCGGCUAGUUAAUCUUGCUAAGGAAAACACUCCACCAAACUGAAAAAGAUCCACAAAACAGAAAUGGCAAAGUCAAAGAAUCAUACCACCCACAACCAGUCCCGUAAGGCCCACAGGAAUGGGAUCAAGAAGCCCAGACCAGACCGUUACGAGUCUAUGAAAGGGGUUGACCCUAAGUUCAUGAAGAACAUGCGUUUUGCCAAGAAGCACAACAAGAAGGGUCAGAAGACAGCCAACGCAGCGGCCAAGAAGAUCGCUGAUGCCGCCCCUUAGACUGGAGGUGGCUACUCUGUAUCGCCACGGUCCUUUGACUUCGUUACCAUCACAAUAAAGAUAUGCUUUGUUUAAACA